AGUAUUUAGAUGAUUACAUAUGUCAUGAGCUUUUGCGCAAUUGGUAUUCAAUGACUGGUGAGACUAUAUCUUCAUAAGCACUUUUUUUUGGCUGAGUUUCACAUUUUCGUAUUGUGUCCUGUUUAUAUGCUAUAGAAGAAACUGUAUCUUGCUGUUGUUUGCAACAAUUAUUUAAACCUGUUUUGAUGCCCAGUUUGUUUCGGUUGCAGCUGCAAAUUCAAGGGCAUUAUAAGCUCACACGAUUCACAUUGUGGUGUCAUCCUGGGGACCAAGUGUUAUCUUACCAACUGCAACACAUGGGUGACAACUGACAAGAUCAUAAGGGAAUGAUCAUCGGAAUGAUAUUAUCUCCAAUAGGGUGGUUAGGAAAUGGUCUGCCAUGAUUGCUAGUUUGCUACUGCAAUGGUGGGGGAACUUAGUUUCUGAAGGCAUGGUGAGAAAAUGCCUGGGACAUUUGGCAGGCCAUUCUGGAGGAUGCUAGUGGGCUAGUGGCCAUUCAUGGCUUUUUGGCGAAUCUCACAAUAUCUAGCUUUUUUUGGUGACAAAUGCAAAUUAGGGGUACUGUGAGCUCACACCAUAUGCUUUGCAGUAUCAUCCUUUGAACUUACUGUAAUCUCUUAACAAUCGCUACACAUGGGUGAAAAGAUGGUGCCGGAAUGAUCUGUAAUCUCAUUGCAUUGUGAUGAAGCUUGGUUUCUGUAGGCGUCAAGGGAACAUGCAUGCAGCAUCGGAGGCAUUGGCAGAUCCUUUUGGAGGAUGGUAGAGGCAUUAUGCUCAAGGCACUGGCACGCCUGCCCAUGUAAACAACUUGCCAGUCAGCUAAAUUCCACUAAAUGUCCUUGCCUAACUGUAAGUCACCAUCCUGACUUUUCACCCUUUUUGAAUAGAAACUCUUCUUUCCUACCUUAUCUUAUUUGGAUAGUGUUUGAUUAAUGAUUACUUUCAUAAUCGCAAGGCAUAUUAUUCAACGAUAACACUUGGAGGUAUGGAACUAGUUCAUACUGCACAGGCUGUUAUUAGACUUAAGAAGCAAGAAACUGAGUAUGACAAGCAGAAUGAAGUCAGCAAUGUCGUCAUUUCAAGUUUUCAACACACAACAUGGUCUAUCAUUCCUAGACAGUUGGUUGUGCAGUUAAUGGGUGGUUGCUAUCUUGUUCACGUCACUUCCUUCACCAGCUGUGCUACCUUUUUUUCAGAUCUAAAAGAUCUGCGUAAGGAGCAUCCAGAGCACAGAUGAACGGAGGUUGGACAGUGGUCUGUUCCACCGGGGACCUGACCGGAUGGCUGGGCUGUUCACCAAGCAGGCUGCUGUAUAUGCUGCAGCGCGGCCAGCCUACCCGAAGGAUCUUUUCACAAAGCUUGCAUCCCUCACUGCUCACCAUCGCCUUGCCUGGGAUGUCGGCACUGGGAAUGGCCAGGCAGCCAUCGGUGUCGCUGAGCACUACGACAGCGUGCUGGCCACGGAUGUGAGCGCGGAACAGCUACUACGUGCUGUAGCACACCCAAAGGUCCAGUACCUCCACACCCCCGAUGCCAUGCCUGGGGAGGACCUCGUCACGACGCUCGGCGGCGAGGGCAGUGUUGACCUCAUCACGGUGGCUGAGGCCGUGCACUGGUUCGACCUCCCGGCGUUCUACGGUGUCGCCCGCCGCGUCCUGCGGAGGCCCGGUGGGGUCAUUGCGGUCUGGGGCUACAACUACCGCAUCAGCCCCGUGGAGGACAUGAUGGCGCGCUUCUUCAACACCACCCUGCCUUACUGGGACCCCCGAGCUCGGUAUUGCACUGAAGGAUACCGGGACCUGCCGUUCCCCUUCGACGACAUCGGCCUCGGUAGGGAAGGCGAGCCGGCGAGCCUUGACAUGGAGCACGAGAUGUCGUUCGAGGGCCUGGUAGGCAUGCUGCGUUCGUGGUCGGCGGUGGCGACGGCGAAGCAGCAGGGCGUGGACCUGUUGGGGGAGCGCGUGGUGAAGGAGCUGGAGGAGGAGUGGGGAGGGGCGUCGCUGGUGCGGAAGGUGACCUUCAAGGCCUUCCUGCUGGCAGGCACCCCCAGGGCCGAUGAUUGAUGAGUGAUGUGGCUCUUCCUGGGGUUGGAUUGGGGGGGUUAAAAACUGUAUUUGUGUGUCAUGAAUAACGAAGCAUCUGUUCUACUUCUGUUCUCCGUCUUUAAUGACGAUUUCGGUGGUAUAAAUAAAUUCCAAAUGCUCAAAUGAAAA